AUGGAGGAUCUAAGAUCUUUGGUACAGAACGAGGAGCACGAAAAGAUUCUGCAGCUAGCAAGCCCAGAGUACAACAGAUACAAGGUCAUUGCAGCCAUCCAGCUUGAAAAAUACGAAGAAGCCUUGCUAUAUGCCUCCAAGGCCUCUUUUGAGCUUGCUUACAUUCAUUACAAACUUAAAAAUUUUAAAAAAGCUUUGAAGGUACUGAGAAAACUGUCAGGAAAACAAGCAGACAUUCUUAAGUCUCAGUGCCUGUACUUUUUAGGCUAUUACUCUGAUGCUUAUGGGCUUCUGUCAAGGCAUGGAAAUUCAGAUGAGUUUGCAGUUAACCUUGCUGCAAUGGAGGCAUUGGCAUUCUUAAACAAUAAGAUAAAACCAUCACUCUUCACGUCAAAGGAUACAAAGAUGCUUUCGAAGGUGCUGAAGUUACGAUUUACAGAUCCAGAAUGUCUUUUGGAGGGCGAAUACAACGAAUCGUUUAAGUUUAUUGAAGAUGAAAGAAAGUGGGUCCAGAUAAUGAUGGGCUUGCAUAACAAGUACGAAAUGGAGAAUAGCUGCAUUCAAAAGCAGCUCAAAAACUUGUCAGAGGUGUACGCUGAUUCAUUUUCAAAAAGAGAGACUGAGAUAUUCAACUUUAAUAUUGGAAGGGAAAAUACUAUUGCUAAGCCUGUGCUAUUCCAAUCAAACUUCAUUGCGAAUAACACGAAAUCAGACUACCAAAUAUUUAAGGACUACCAGGUAAACACAAACGAGUAUGUCUCGGGGAAGAAGACCUUCCAGCCAUUUCACGAUAGAUUGAGACUACUGAAGUGCUUGAUUAUUGCAAAGAGAAAACCUACAAAGGAAAGAUCAAUGAAGAUCAUCAAAGCUCUUGAAAAAGUAGAGGAGUCGACUGAAAAGAAAGUUCUGAAUCUUUUAGCAUCAGACUUGCCAGAGGACGAAUUUCAAAAGAAAGCGCUGGAUCUAAUAUUUCAAGUGCCUGAAGAACAAUAA